UCUUUGUGCAGAUGAUGGAGGGAGAAGAGCUGCCUGGGCUUCUGGUGAAUGAAAUCGGAGGAAUGCAUGGGAUACUGCAUGACCACGUGGAGUUUCUGAAGAAGCACUUCUGCCUCAUCACUAUGAAGGAAUUUCUUGAAAACAAAAAGAAUAUGAGAGAAAAGGUCCAAGCGAUCUAUUUGUGGUGGCACAAACCAGUCAUUGACAAAGACCUCCUCCAGAGCCUGCCCAACUUGAAAGUGAUUGCAAAUUCAGGAGUAGGGAUGGAUCAUCUGGAUCUGAAACUUGUAGCUGGCUUUGGUGUGAAAAUGGCUAAUGCUCCACGUGCUGUUUCCAGUAGCACAGCAGAUACUGGGAUGGCUUUGCUGCUGGCAUCUGCUAGAAGACUGGUAGAAGGCUAUCACGUUGCUGUUUCCCCGGCUGUGGAGUAUUGUGAAGCUGAUUUUCUUGGAGUUGAAGUUACUGGAGCUACUCUGGGGAUCGUUGGCAUGGGCAGCAUUGGGUAUAAGAUUGCUCUGAGAGCCAGAGCGUUCGAGAUGAAGAUUUUGUACCACAACAGAACACGGAGGAAAGAGCAGGAAGAGCAAGCUGUUGUUGUCACUUACUGUGAGAAGAUGGAUGAUUUGCUCUGCCAGGCAGAUUUUGUGAUGGUGGUGGUGAGCCUGACACCUCAGACACACAAGCUGAUUGGGAAAAGAGAGAUGGAACUGAUGAAACCCUCAGCUACUCUCGUUAACAUCAGCCGAGGUGCAGUGGUGGACCAAGAGGCACUGGUGGGAGCUCUGCGCACUGGUGCUAUCAGGGCUGCAGCUUUGGAUGUCACCGACCCGGAGCCGCUGCCCAGAGAUCAUCCAUUACUAAAAUUGAAGAAUGUAAUUAUAACACCUCACCUUGGCAUUAAAACAGACAAGGCCACCCGCAUGAUAACAGAGGAAGCAGUUGAAAACAUACUAGCAGCUCUUACUGGUCUUCCCAGGCCUAGUGAAGUGCUCCCUAGCUGA